AGUCCACCCACUCCCUCACUUCAUCAUAAAUUAGAUUCCUAAAGCCAUUGAGAGAAAACACAAGACUUCUCUCUCUAUCUCAUUCCCAUUUCCAUUCCCAAUUCUCCAUUUUUCAUUCCUGGUUUUUGGGUUUAAAUUUGAUGGUAAACUUGACUAACAAAGCUCGCCCAAUGAUCGGGAAACUCUCCGAGCUUCUUGUUCCCGGCCACCGCGCCGGCUCAAUUGAAAUCGGGACUAGUCCGAGAAGCCCAUUAGAUCUCAAGAUGCAAUCCCCACGUGGUUUGAAGAGCUACGAUCUUGGCGGAGUUGGGCUGGGAAUCGUCGCCGCCUUGGAAAAAUCCUCCGUUGACGGCGGUAGAGAUUUUCCAGCCAAGUACGCGAUAUGCAGUUUGAAUUUGAAUCGCUCGAAUCCAAUUCCGGUGAAGAUAGUCAAUAACGGGGACAAGUUCAGAGCUUGCGAAGAAUUAGACGAAGAGAGUUACACUUAUGUUACUUGUCGUUUACCGAAUAACAAGUCGAUUACCAAGGUCUAUUAUGAUGGAGUUGACUAUGGAAGAAGAAAUCACCGGAAAAAUGAUUUGGGUCGGUGUAAUAACCAAAGGGGUAUUUUUGAUUCGCCGUCAGCGAGGAAAAACGAUCUGGAUCGGUGUAAUAACCAAAGGAGUAUUUUUGAUUCGCCGUCAGCGAUCUCCGGUGAAGAAAAUUCUUCCUUUCCCACUUCGGAUUUUCUUAGUUGUUGCCAUUUAUGCCGGAAAAAACUCCAUGGAAAGGACAUAUAUAUGUACAGAGGAGAGAAAGCGUUUUGUAGUUCAGAAUGUCGUUCAAGUCAGAUUUUGAAUGAUGAAAGGAAAGAACAGCAGUGCAGAUCAGAGACCAAAAGAGGUGUUGAUGUUUCAGUCUCAUCAUCAUCUCAUGGCAGAGGCCAAAUCUUCUCAACCGGUAUCGUUGCCAUUUAGCAGAGGAAGAGGACCAAAAAUAAACAAUAGUCACUUCACUUCUAAACCCGAUUAUGAUAUUAUAUAACAUAAUACGAGAAUGAAUCAGCUUUAUGCGGCUAACUUAAUCCUACCAAAAAAAAAGAUAAAGAAGAAAAUUUUGCACUGUAAUGAGAAUUACGAGCCCUUUUUGUGAAUAAAAAAAAAGAGAUAUAUUACAUCUGUUAUGAAA